CUUUGGGAAGUCAAUUUAAAUAUGCAAUGCCCUUCCUUGUCUGCAUUGUCCUUAUUGGUUCUUUAAAUGCAACUCUUUUUGGCGGAAGUCGCUAUCUUUGGGCAUCUGCACGUGAAAGGCAUUUCCCCUCCUUUAUUUCUUGUAUAAAUAGAGAACAUGACAGUCCUAGAGCUGCUCUUUUUGUUCAUGUUCUGCUUUCUAUGGCAUUUUCAUUUCUUGGGAAUUUAGAGGAACUAAUUAAUUAUGUUGCCUUCACUCACUGGAUAAUUCGUUCAAUUACAAUGCUCAGCCUUUUAUGUAUCCGAUUUAAUAUUUGUAAACGUCCAGUUCACGAAAAAGCAAUUCGUGUUCCUUUAAUUUUGCCAAUAAUAUUUUUGAUUGUUUGCCUUUCUUUGGUGUCUAUAACAAUUAUACAAAGUUUUAAAUCCUCGAUUGUUGGACUUUUAAUUUUGGCUAUCGGAUUGGCUAUUUAUAUUUUAUUUAUUUGGGAAAAGGCUUUUCAAAGAUUUGGAGUUUAUAGACGUUUAUCUAAUUAUAUUAAUCAUGUUACAUGUGUUUUAACCCAAUUUAUAUUUAAUGGGAAUAUUGAAUUAAUUAAUCAUAAAGAGGAAGAAGAUGAUUUUGCUUCUUAUGAUGAAGAGAAUUAUGAUAACAUUAUGGCAGAAAAAGCACAAAAUGAAUUAAAUUAUACUAAUGAAAUAUUGAAUGGUGAUAGUAAUAAUAAUAGUAGAAGAAUAAAGAAAAAUUCAUCAAAAGUUUAUCCUUCCAAAAAUUAA